AUGUCUUCCUCAUCGCGAGCCUCCGCGCCCUCGCCGCUCUGCCUCGGUGGCACAGCGACCAAGGCAGAUCGAGUCGCGACCGCCCCCACAUACACCUCGACCCCAAAGUCAACCGACACGAUUCGCCGGAGCCUCACUGGCGACUCGUCGCCAUUCCAUCUGCAUAGCCCAAGGGACCACCACCUUUCCCGCACUGUGAAUGCCAAUUCCUACUGCGGUAGGCACUCGAACCAGUACCUAUUCGGCGGGCGGAGAAUCACCGACAUCUUCAGGGCCAUCGUCAAGAAGGACUAG